ACUUCUGCUUAAACUCUUCCUGGAGUGAUUCAUCCAACGGAAAUCUGCCGCGAGAAAAGAACGCAAACUAGCAGUCAUGGACAUCUACGAUCCUCAGACCCUUGGAAUUGUGGUGUUUGGUGGCUUCAUGGUGUUCUCAGCCAUUGGGAUUGCUCUGGUCUCAACAUUUUCCAUGAAGGAGACCUCAUAUGAAGAAGCUAUAGCCAAGCAGCUGAAGGAGCAGGGGAAGACCCUAUCCAGCCAACGGUCGGACAAGAAGAAAAAGGACAAGGCAGCUGAGAAAAAAAAUCGUGCUAAGAAAAAGGAAGAUAAGCCCAACGGGAAGCUCCUGGAGUCAGAGGCCACCCCUGAGGUUACAGAAGUGCCAGCUGAGCCCAGUCCUCCAACUCCUCCAGCCCCAGAACAAGUUUCUACACCAGUACCUAAACAAGAGGCCACAGCUCAGAAGUCUCCUCAACCCACCCCUUCUCAGAAGCCCACUCCACCUGCCCCAGCUCAGAAAUCUGCUGCACCUAUCCAAAAGUCUACUCCAGCACCUCCUGCCCAGAAAUCCUCUCCAACUCCCUCUGCCCAGAAAUCUGCUUCACCUCCUCCUACCCAGAAAUCUUCACCAGCCCCAGCCCAAAAGUCCGCUCCAGCUGCCCCUGCACAGAAAUCCGCUUCACCUACCCCCGCUCAGAAGUCUGCUUCAGAUGCCCAGAAAGCAGCUCCACCUGCCCCAGACCCGAAAGCCGCCCCACCAGCCCCUGCACAAAAAUCUGCUCCACCGGCCCCCGCACAAAAAUCUACUCAAACUCAAAAGGCUGCUCCAACUGCCCCAACACAAAAAUCCUCUCAACCUGCCCCAUCCCAAAAGGCUGCUCCAACUGCUUCAACACAGAAAUCUUCUCAGCCUGCCCAAACCCAAAAGGCUGCUCCAACUGCCCCAACACAGAAAUCUUCUCAGCCUGCCCAAACCCAAAAGGCUGCUUCAACACAGAAAUCUUCUCAGCCUGCCCAAACCCAAAAUUAUGUUCCAACUGCCCCAACGCAGAAAUCUUCUCAGCCUGCCCAAACCCAAAAGGCUGCUUCAACACAGAAAUCUUCUCAGCCUGCCCAAACCCAAAAUGAUGUUCCAACUGCCCCAACACAGAAAUCUUCUCAGCCUGCCCCACCCCAAAGGUCUGCUUCAAAUGCCCCGACCCAGAAAGCUGCCUCACCUGCCCCAGCCCAGAAAGUCACUCCACCAGCCCCAGUGCAGAAAUCCUCUCCACCCGACCGAAAACCCAGUCCACCUGCCCCGGCCCCGGCCCCUUCCCAAAAAGCUUCUGCAGGUCCUACCCCUCCUGCUUCCCGUCCUGCUCCCGAAGAUGCUCCGCCUGCCCCAUCUCCUAAGGAAAAGAGGAAGAAGAAAGCCAAAGCAGAGCCUGUUUCUGCUGAGAUUCAGCCCAAAUCUGUAGCUCCAUUGGAGAUGGUGACCAAAAAGGUUCCCGUCAUGGCAGUGCCUCCAGUGGGUACUCCGAAAGCUGUCUCAGCAACUGCUGUGCCGGCCAAAGCAGAAGAGCCCAAACAGGAUGCUCCAGCCAAGAAGAAAGGAGGUUCCAAGAAGAAGUCAGAGACAGCGGUGGCUGCAGACCCUGCGGACAGUCCACUGUACUUGCCCUACAAGGCCCUGCUUUCCACGGUAAGGAUUACGGUGUUCACUGAAGGAGAGGCCCAGCAGCUCAUUGAGAUUCUGUCUGAUAAGGCUGGCAUUGUUCAGGACACAUGGCACAAGGCCACACAGAAGAGUGAUCCAGUAGUUGUGCUGAAGAAACAGCUGGAAGAACGAGACAAGCAGCUGGCAGCCGAGCAGGAGGACUCAGCAGCUGUUAAAAGCCGACUGAGGGAUUUGACUAAAGAGCUCUCUGUGGAGAAGUCAAAGGUGGCGUCUGUAGAGACCAGGCUGAGCUCUCAGCUGAGUAAACGAGAGCAGGACAUUAUCGCGCUGCAAGCACGCAUGCAGGCCAGUUAUCAAGACCACCUUGCUGAGACUCAGCAACUUAAUGCUAAAAUCUUGGCUCUCCAGGACCAGCUGGAGAAAGGCCCUAAUGCUCAGCUGGCCCGUUUACAGCAGGAGAACUCUAUCCUCAGAGAUGCGCUUAACCAAGCCACCAGUCAGAUGGAGAGCAAACAAAAUGCUGAAUUGGCCAAACUGCAUCAGGACUGCAUUCGACUGAAUAAGGAGCUGGUGGAGAAGAACGAAGCCUUGCAGGCUGACGAACAGCUCAGGAAAAAUCUGGAAUCUAAAGCUGCCUUGGCUGAGAAACAACUGAUCCAGCUGCAGGCGAACUGGGUGAGCAGUGAACAGGCCCUGCAGAAGCGUCUGGAGGAAGUGAGUGAGGAGCUCAGACUGACCCAGAGCAGCAGAAACAGCCUUCAGACACAGCUUGAACAAGCUCAGAAAGACACCACUGCUCUAGCAGAGGCUCAAGCUCGUGUGGCCAGUAUGGAGGCGGAAAUGAAAGAGCGGACUGGACAGUCGGAGAGUCUGCAGAGCCAGCUGAAACUGCUGGAGGCGAGCCAAAACAAAGAACAGAACCACAAUUCAGAGGCUUCGAUGGCUGAACUGGAGCAAGCAAAGAGUAGCCUGAAGGAGAAAGAAGAGGAACUGAUCCAACUCAAAAACAUCAUCGCCAAUCAGGUGGAUAACACAACAAAGGUGCAGCAGUUGCAGCACAGCAUUAAAGAAAAGGAUGACCAAAUAGCAACUCUCCAGGGAGAGCUCCAACAGGUUAAAGAAAAAAGUUCAGACCUCACCAGACUUGAAAACACAGAAAUGCUGGAACAGCUUCAAAACAGUUUGAAAGAAAGAGAGUCUCGGGUGGCUCUGUUUGAAGAAGAGAUGAAGCAGUGUAAAGAACAGUAUGACACUAAACUGGCAGACAGCACAGCCAAGCUGGAGUCACUACAUAAAAGUGUCACUGAAAAAGAGAGCCUAGUGACAUCACUACAACAGGAAGUGCAGCAGCUCAAGGAACUAAAUCAGUCACAAGGCAAGAGUUGCGAAAGUUUGGAGGACAUGCUGAAAUCUGUCCAGGCUGAGACCAAAGAAGUUCUUCAUUCUCUUUUCCCACACUUCAACAUAGAGACAACGCAGACCAAUUGGCUGCAAGACUUUGCUGUGAAAGCACAAGAGAUGUUAAAUCAAAAGCAACAGAGCCAAGAAUCCCAGCAAAGCACAGAGAUGGUGGAGAUAAUGGGGAAACUACAGACAGCCCAGGAGAGUCAGUGCACAUUACAGUCUGAGUGUGAACAGUACAGGAGCGUACUGGCUGAGACGGAGGGGAUGCUGAAAACACUUCAGAAGAGUGUAGAGGAGGAGGAGAAAGUGUGGAAGACCCAGAUAAUAGAGUCAGAGGAGAAACUGAGAAUGGCACUCAAAAAGGUGCAGGAAUUAGAAGAGACAACAGAGAGCUUGAGAGAGGAGAACCAGAGAACCCAACAGCUGGAAGAGAAAGUGAUGUUGCUCGAGGCCCAAUUUGAGAAACAGCUCCAGUCAGUGUCCACUGACAGCCAGAGUCAAUCUGAAGAGAUAACACACUUGAAGCAAGUUUUAGCAGAAUCAGAAAGACAGCUGAGUGCGGCCCAGAAGGAGAUACAGACGCAGAGGGAGGAGCUUUCACAGGUCGGGCAGCAACUGAGUGACGUGACAAAGCGAGCUCAGGGAGUGGCAGAGAACGGGCAGCCUGAGGCGGAGGAGUGUCAGGUUAGGGUCCAGGCUCAGCUGGAGCAGACGCUGGAAAAACUGCAAGGUGAACAGGCUCUAAACCAGCAGCUCUCUGCAGAAGUGGAGCAGGCUCAGGAAGCCCUCAAAAAACAGCUUCAGAGCCAUCUAGAACAGAUGAAGUCAGCUGGAGACGCUGCAGCCAUGGAGGAUGUUGUUCAGCUGAAGGAGUGUCUAGAGAAGGAGCGAAAGAUGACCAAAGAUUUGGGCCAGGCAGCCACCAAACUCCAACAACUGCUAAGAAACAGUCAGGACCAACUUUCCAAAGAGAAAGAGCAAGUCAGGACCCUGCAGGAUCAACUGCGAGAAGAGGAGGGUGAUGGAGAGCUGAAGCAAGGCACUUCUGUUUGAGGUGUAAAACAAAACAAAUUGCCAAAAAUUGCCUUAAGAUGACCAACAUUUUUCUUCCCUUUUUUGUCGUACUAUAGUCUUGGGAGAAAUUGUUUGAAGACUUUUGGAGAAAUCUAACUCAUGCAAACAUUUUAUGUCGGAGAUGUGCUGGAACUAUUUUCACUUCACAUUCCAUCUGAAACCUUCUGGCUAUGUCAGAAAAUAUUCCUCAAAUGCCUUAUAUAUAUAUAUUCUUAGUGUUCCCGCACCUCUCCUCCUGAUGUCAGUGUUAAAAGGGAAACCGCAUGUACGUUAUGCGUACAUUAACUAGUGCAAUUAAUUUCUUGUAAGUGAAUAAGUAUGCAUAAUUGUAUUGGUACAUGGGUACAGCAUUUGGAAUGCCCUCUCUGUAGCUGGCUUCAACACCAUUAUAGUAAGUUCGAUAAUAAAUAAUAAAUGGCAACAUAGCUUUA